AUGCAUGUUGACAACCCACGGGCCCCCUCACACCCAUGCCACCCCUCAUUUUACCCCUUCCCUCUCCUCUCACUCCCCUCAAUUCCCAUUUGCACCCCCAGGGACACCUUUUACGACCGCGCGUCCUUCUGCCUGCUCUGCUCGUACAUGACGGACGGCGCCAUGCAAGUGGACAUCCCCACGCCCGCUCUGCUCAAGCCGGUGGAGCUCUGGACGGGCAAGCAGCUCAUAGGCGUGCUCGUGCGCCCCUCGGCGCACGACCGCGUGUUUGUCACGCUCGGCGUGCCCGAGAAGACCUACACCAAGAAGGGCGGGCCCUUCUGUGUGAACGAUGGGUUUGUCUUCUUCCGCAACAGCGAGCUGCUGUCGGGGCAGCUGGGGAAGGCCACGCUAGGUGAGCUCAGGCGGCCAUUCAGAUGUCUAUGUUUCCACUUGACCUACAGCUCGAAGGGCGGGCCGUUCUGUGUGAACGAUGGGUUCGUGUUCUUCCGCAACAGCGAGCUGCUGUCGGGUCAGCUGGGGAAGGCCACGCUAGGACAGCUGGGGAAGGCCACUCUAGGCAACGGCAGCAAGCAGGGCCUGUUUGCGCUGCUCAUGCGAGAGUACUCGGCGCAAGUGGCAGCCGUGUGCAUGAACCGACUGGCCAAGCUCAGUGCGAGGUGGAUAGGCAACCACGGGUUCUCCAUCGGCAUCGACGACGUGCAGCCAUCGAAGCACCUGUACGCGGAGAAGCAAAGGGCCGUGGAGGAGGGGUAUGACGCGAGUCUGCGGCACAUCCAGGCGUUCAACGAGGGCCGGCUGACGCUGCAGCCCGGGUGCAACCCCGCUCAGACUCUCGAGGCGAAUAUCACCGGGGAGCUGAAUCGGAUUCGAGAGGAGGCCGGGAAGGUGUGUCUGCGGGAGCUGCAUUGGCGCAACAGUCCGCUCAUCAUGUCACAGUGCGGGUCCAAGGGGUCGCCCAUCAACAUAUCGCAGAUGGUGGCCUGUGUGGGCCAGCAGUCCGUCGGUGGCAAGCGCGCACCCAAUGGGUUCCUGCACCGCUCCCUGCCGCACUUCCCCCGCCACGACCGCUCGCCCCAGGCGAAGGGCUUUGUGGCAAACUCGUUCUACAGCGGGCUGACACCCACGGAGUUCGUGUUCCACACCAUGGGCGGCCGAGAGGGGCUCGUCGAUACUGCUGUGAAAACAGCAGAGACGGGGUACAUGUCGCGGCGGCUGAUGAAGGCCCUGGAGGAUCUGUCAGUGGCGUAUGACGGCACGGUGCGGAACGCGAGUGGAGGCAUCGUGCAGAUGCGGUACGGCGAUGAUGGCAUGGACCCCGCCCACAUGGAGGGGAGUGAUGGCGGGGCGCUCAAUUUGGAUCGAACAUUUACCACGUGCCAGGCCCUACGCCCUAUGCGCAGCGACCCUCCGCUCUUCCCCGACGAGAUGCGCGCGCACGUGCAGACAAGAUUCGCCGCCCCGGAGUUUGCCGACCCGGAGUCAGAGGGCGGGUGCUCCACUCGGUUCCGAGACUCGGUACUUGGCUUUCUGGACAAGCAGCUGGGGGCGAUCGAGGGGACACGGCGGCGACUAGGGAUACCGGUUACCAAGGAGGAGGCGGAGAGAGGAGGGGGAGAGGGGGACGGGGAGGGGGAGAGAGUGGGGGAUGGUAUGGAAGUGGAUGGGAGGUCUGGGAAAGAUGGUGUUGAGAAAGGGGAAGGGGAAGGGGGGCAAGAAGAGGCGGAAGGGGAGGGGGAGGGGAGGAAGGAGAAGGUGUUGGAUAGAGGGGUGGCUGAGAAGGUGGCCCGGAAUCUGUGUGGGGUGACGGCCAAGCAGUUGCAGCUAUUCCUGGACACGUGCAUUCGCCGCUACCAGUCCAAGCGCAUGGAGCCGGGCACAGCAGUGGGGGCCAUCGGGGCGCAGUCUAUUGGCGAGCCAGGCACGCAGAUGACUCUCAAGACCUUCCAUUUCGCCGGGGUUGCCUCUAUGAACGUGACUCUGGGAGUGCCGCGAAUCAAGGAGAUUAUCAACGCGGCAAAGAACAUCAGCACGCCCAUUGUGACUGUCAAGCUGGAGACAGACAACGACGUCAAGGCAGCACGCAUUGUCAAGGGACGCAUUGAGAAGACGACGCUUGGGGAGGUGGUGAAGAGCAUGAAGACGGUGCUGACCCCCAGCCAGGCCAUGCUCUCAAUCCGCCAGGCCAUGCUCUCAAUCCGCCAGGCCAUGCUCUCAAUCCGCCAGGCCAUGCUCUCAAUCCGCCAGGCCAUGCACCGACUCAGCGCCCUCCAGCUCCACAUCACCGCCUACACCGUCGCCGAUGCCAUCACCUCAGCCUCUCGUCUCCGCAUGAAGCUGAAGGCGCAGCACAUCCGUGUGGUGAGCGGAGACAAGCUGUUGGUUUACUCGCCCGAGCAGGACCGCAGGCAGCUGCUCUUCUCGCUGCACAGCCUGCGGAAGAAGCUGCCUCAAGUCAUGGUCAAGGGCAUCGCCAGUGUGGAGCGCGCUGUGAUUAACGAUCUUGGCGGGGGGAAAUACAACCUGCUGGUGGAAGGGACCAACUUCGGAGCAGUAUUGGGGAUAACAGGAGUGGAUGGGUGCAAGACAAAGAGCAAUCACGUGAUGGAGGUGGAAUCGGUGUUGGGGAUAGAGGCGGCGCGCUAUGCCAUCAUGCAUGAGAUCAACUACACCAUGGGGUCCCACGGCAUGACCAUCGACCCCCGCCACACGAUGCUGCUCGCUGACGUCAUGACCUACAAGGGCGAGGUGUUGGGAAUCACGCGGUUUGGCAUAGCAAAGAUGAAGGACAGUGUGCUCAUGCUGGCAUCGUUUGAGAAGACCACGGACCACCUCUUUAACGCCGCCGUGCACGGGCGCAAGGACGAGAUCGAGGGGGUUUCCGAGUGCAUCAUCAUGGGCAUCCCCAUGCCCGUGGGCACGGGGCUGUUCAAACUGAAGCAAAAGUGA